ACCAGUCAGUGGUAAGGUCACAGUUGUCCAGAAAAGCUGAAAGACUCACGCAGCCCAGCCAGGAGCCGCCAAAUUGUCGUAGAAAUUAGACAACACUCGCAGACCUCUGAAGUCCUCUGAAGCCACCUGGCUACAAAUCUUUUUAGCUGGCAUGGAAAUCGUUGAAGCAACUUUUGUCACCUUCAUCAACCCCAACCAGUUCCCUGCCAAGUUGUGGCGUUUGGUGAACGAUCCUCAGAUUCGCUCAAUCUGGUGGGACGCCAGCGGGGAAGGAAUACUUAUCCAUCAGCAACCCUUCGAAGCUGAAGUGCUAUUGUCCCAACCCAGGCAUUUGUCUGAGUACUUCAGAACGACAGAUUUCGUCAGUUUCAUUCGCCAGCUGAACCUGUACGGCUUCAGAAAAGAACGCACAGACCUUGACGUCUCAGACAAGCAUCCCAACGUCUCAUCCAUUAAGGCCCAGCUGCACCACUUUCACAACCCGUUCUUCAAACGGGAUAAGCCUGAGCUUCUAGUCAAACUAAAGCGACUCACGCCUCUCAACAAGGCCAAGCUCGCCGGGAGAGAGGUGACCAGCCGGAAAUCAAAACAUUUCCAUCAUAUGAUGCUGAAUUCGCCACAGGAAACCUCUGGCUUAAAGAAAACAGGUUCAGUCUUGCUUGGACAUCAGGGAACCCCUUACCACCUUCCCUGUAAUGGCCCUCAGCAGGAGAAGGACUGCGACAGAACGUCCAAAUCCUCCCAAGCAUUUGUAGUGGACCAUGGUGAUCCUUCUCCAGUUACAUUAAACACUAACGACGCUGUGCCUGUCCCUGUGUCUCACCACUUCCCAGUGGACUCAUCGAGUGCACAUCCCUCCAGCGUCAUGCACAUGCAGCAGGGCGUCAAACCUCAUCACUCACAGCAUGGGUUUCACACACCAGUGUAUCAGCGCUGUAGCCCAGACGUCUUGGAUUCAAAAGUGCCAUGCUUUCAACAAUCAGCUGCUUCCUACUCUCCUUGUGGCUAUUACCCUGACCACUCAGUGAGAUACGCUCAUCCGAUUGAUCAGGAUCCAUACUGGAAAGCAGGUGAUGUUCCAGAGUCCAGGACGAGUGACAUGAAAGACAAAGAGAAAGUGGACCUGGACACUAUAUUCAAACUGGCGGAUGAAAUACAGGUUGAAGCUGCCACAGGGACCAGUUACCUGAUAAGACAGCUUGACUAGGGAGCACAUUUUAUUUAGAGUGUAGUGUUAAUUCUUUGCUCUCUUAUAAUGCACGAUAUCUUUUUACAGCUACAGUUUUGUGUGUUAUUUUAUUUGCUCAUGUCUAAAGCACUUUGUUUAUUAAACAGCAUUUGACAUGUAAUUAUAAAUGAUUAAAACACAGCUUUUAAAAUAAUUUCCUUUAAAAAGCAUUUGUGCCUGUCUUUUAUUUAAGAUAACUUAAACAAAAUGCUUGAUGUAAUUAUUAUACUUAUUAGAUUUAAAUAUUAUUUUUAGCUGUAGUUUGAUUCAAUAACAGUAAUAUUUUUAUGUCAUCUUAAAUAUUUUAAAAAAUAGUCAUAUUUUAAAGCUGGUAUGUAAUGGAGAGACGUGAGCACACUGAAGCACUUGAUUUAU